AUCUCGACAUCGAUUCUGAUCGAUCGAACGCAACAGCCAGUAUUGGUACACAAGUGGUAAAAACUCAAUGGUUACAUUUUGGUCAUGUCAGUUUACUUGGGAAAAACAUUCUCAUUGUUGACGAGGUUGAUGACACAAGAACAACCCUUGCGUAUGCUAUCCAAGAACUUACCAGAGACAUAAAUGAAGAAAAACUCAAAUAUAUCCAAAAUCAUCCGGGAGAAGAUGUCCCUGAAGUAAAGCUUGGAGCAUUUGUUAUUCAUAACAAAAAAAAGCCGAAGGUUGAACUACCUGAUCCAAGCAUACUUCGGGAAGGUAGGUAUUUCGCAGCUAAAGAAAUACCAGGUAGAUGGGUGGUUUAUCCAUGGGAAGCUAUUGACAUUGAUGAGCACACAAGAAUUAGCUUACAGCAAGAGAAAGAAGAAAGUUUAGGUUAA